CUUGUUAAAAGACACGCGAUGGGUACCGGUCCAGUUCUAAAUUUGCUUUCAUUUAGCUUCAUAUUGUUGAUUUCAGUUGCAUUCUUUUGUCCAAGAGAUGUAUCUGCUGAUGGUGUAUUGGGAUGUGGCGGAUUUGUUAGAUCAGAUGUUGACAUUAACUUCUCAUUGGUCGAGGUGAAGCUGUAUACACCUCAUGGCAGCAUCAAAUACCAGACGGACUGUGCUCCGAACACCGGUUACUACCUCAUACCUCUGUACGAAAAAGGAGAUUUUGUCCUCAAGGUGGAGCCACCAGCAGGAUGGAGUUUUGAACCUGAUAGUGUGCCCCUAAAAGUAGAUGGUAGCACGGAUCACUGCAGUCUUGGCAAGGACAUCAACUUCCGUUUUACUGGCUUUUCUAUAAAUGGAAAGGUUGUGAGUAAAGGACAAGACAAAGGGCCCAGUGGGAUCAAUGUUAUUUUGAGGAAUCAAGGCUCCGGUGAAACACUGCGGACAGCUGUCACAGGAGAGGAUGGAAAGUAUACCUUUACUGGAGUUUUACCUGGAGAGUAUGAAGUAAAGGCAACACAGUCAGAGGAUCUCAACUUCCUACAGGCUGAGACCAAAGUGACCGUAACCAAUGACAACGCCAACACAGGUGACAGUAUCGUUAUCGCUGGGUAUAAGGUCAAGGGAGCAGUACAGAGUGAAGGAGAGCCAAUCAAGGGAGUUAACUUUGUCCUGUUUUCUUCAAGUUUUAAGAAAGAGGACAUUACCGGCUGUGAGAAAGGCCCACUGAAAGGAUUCACCGUAACAGACAACAACAAUCCUCUUUGUUACACAUCCUCCAAGGCAGACGGCAGCUUCACCUUUCCCGCUCUGCCUGUUGGGAAUUUCUACAUUGUUCCAUUCUACAAAGGAGAACACAUCAGAUUUGAUGUGUUACCAGGGCGACUGGACAUACAGGUCCAGCAUGGACCAGUCACUCUCAAGGACAUUUUCCAAGUGGAAGGAUUCUCUGUCAGUGGGCGCGUCCUCAACAAGGCAGGGGGAGCAGGCGUGUCAGGUGCGACAGUGUUGGUAGAUGGGAAGGCAGUGUCACGGACCGAUGCCAGUGGAAUGUACCACCUGGAGAACAUGAAGACUGGGACCUAUCGUCUCCAAAUCCAGACGGACAACAUCUACUUUGAUGAUGUCAGUGUUAAAAUUACACCAAACACACCAAACCUCCCGGACAUCCUGGCCUCCGAUUUCAAGAUGUGUGGUAAGAUCGUGAUCAGCCAACUCCCAGACACGUUGAGACAGGUCGCCAGUCAUAGGCGAAUCAUCAUCAUCCCGCAGAACAAAAACAUGGACGCUUCCUCUGCCAAGGCUGACGCUGAGGGAAACUUCUGUGCCAAGGUCAAACCUGGCAGUCAUGUUGUACAGGUUCACUUGACUGAGGAAGAGAAAACAGCUGGACUGUCUAUCGUCCCAAGCGAAAAGACUGUGACUAUCACGGACAAACCAGUAAUGGACGUCACCUUCUCACAGUUCCAGGCCAAGGUCACUGGCACAGUGAUAUGUCUUGAAAAGUGUGGUCCUGUAGAAGUUUCCUUAGAAAGUGACAGACGAGGCGAAGUGAAACAGAUAACACAGGUAAAAGAGGCCAGCAGAGGAGGAACCUUCCAGUUUGAUAACGUCUUACCUGGAAAAUACAAAGUAACAUUGCUACAGGACAGCUGGUGUUGGAAGGAGAAAACUUUGGAGGUCGAGGUGGCCAGUGCCGAUCUGUCCGGGAUUGAGUUCACACAGACCGGAUAUAUACUCAAGUGUAGCAUCUCCCACGAAAUCAAACUGGAUUUUGCUCAUGAGAAGAAGGAGGGAAAUGUUGGAUCUUUCCAGUUAAACAAAGGGACUAACCGGUUCUGUCUGGCUCAGCCCGGCGUGUACCGCCUCACCCCCGACUCCUGUCACCAGUUUGACAAGGAUGUGUUCACAUAUGACACCUCAAACCCGGAGUUACUUACCCUGGCAGCAGUGCGACACCUGAUAGAGGGCACUGUCAUCACAGAGGAGUCUGCUGCAGACAUCCAAGUCACUGUCAACUCCCUAGUGGAACAAGAUACAGUGAAAAUCGGACCACUGACCACUGGAACAAAACCACCCAGUACAGAAAAGGGUGCCAAACCGGCCACCGGUCCAUUUGUUUACAAGUUCACACACUGGGCAAGGUCAGGAGAGAGGUUAGAGGUCAGUGCCAAGUCCAAGGAGCUGCUGUUUAGUCCUAGUAAGGCAGAGGUGGUAGUCCAUGGAGAUACCUGUGCUGGGGAGGUGGUCAAGUUUACAGGAAAGCGAGGCGUUUUUAUCAACGGUCAGAUUAAACCAGCCCUGGCUGGGGUCAGUGUGACGGUCAUUGCAAUGGAUGAUUCCAUGGACCCAAUCGUCAUAGAAACAGCAGAAUCUGGAAAAUUUAGUGUUGGCCCCCUACACAGUGGUAAGGAGUACAGUGUGUCAGCAGAGAAGACCGGCUAUGUACUGGUCAAGGAGGAUGGUCAGUCUGCCUCCUUCAAGGCCUACAAACUGGGCCAGGUCUCUGUACAGGUGCUGAAUGAGAAAGGUGAGCCCCUAUCAAACGUCCUGUUAUCACUGAGCGGAGAGAAGCAGUACCGCAGUAACAACGUCACCAGUGAAGAUGGCACCAUCAACUUUAUUGGACUGAGCCCAGGUGACUACUUCCUGCGGCCCAUGAUGAAGGAGUACAAGUUUGCCCCGUCCUCUCAAACUAUCGAGGUGCUGGAAGGUACGACCAAGAAAAUCACCAUCAAGGGACUCCGUGUGGCGUAUAGUUGCUAUGGCUCAGUGACAUCCUUGAAUGGAGAACCAGAACAAGGCAUCAUAGUGGAGGCUGUGGGCACAGAUACGUGUGGUAAUUUCCAGGAGGAGAGCAAGACAGAGCCUGAUGGUUCAUACAGGAUACGGGGUCUACAGCCAAAUUGUACCUACAGCGUUCACCUGAAGAGUGAUGUGAACCGACAUAUCGAAAGAGCGGCGCCCAAAUCACAGGAAAUCACAGUGUUGGACAACGACUUCACUGACGUGGCCAUCAUCGCGUUCCGUCGUGUGAACCAGAUGGAUAUCAGUGGCAACGUCAUCACACAGGAGGAACACCUUCCCAGUCUCAAGGUGAAACUAUUCCGAGACGAGACUCCAGAUUCACCCAUCCAUACUGUCAGUCUGGGAACAGUGACUUUCUUUUUCCUUCCCUCUCUGACAAUUGACAAUGAGAAAUACACCCUUAAAUUGGAAAGUUCCCUUUCCAAGGCCUCUUUUGACUUUACGUUGCCAGUUGUCAACUUUGUGGCGAAUACAUCAUAUCAACACCACAGUAUCAAGUUCAGCCCUGUGCGAAAAUCUUUUGACCAGGAGUUCAUUCAAGGGACAUCACUCUUCCUUCCCUUUUCAUUGCUGCUGGCAGCUGCAGUCUAUAACUACCAAAAAUUAUUUCCCUACUUAAUGCGUAUGUGGUCCCAAGUCCAAGCCAUGUUGGCGGCCGGUCAGACCGAGGCAUCAGUUUCUGGGGCAGGGGAUGCUGGAUCCGGGUCGGACCCUCAGAUGAAGAAAAAGAUGAAAGCACGAAAGACAUGAUGAUACGGUUGUUUGUAGAUCUGAAAUAAUUCUGUAAGAUAACUGUUUCUAGGAUAAGAUAAUUUUCUCUAGAUCUAGAGGAUGAUUUUAUGGGGUUUUAUCUACAGUUUAGUUGUAGGUGUAAUGAUGUAAUGGUUCAAAUCCUUCUCCAGAAAUAAAAUAAAAGAACAAUGAAUAAAGAAAU